UUCAUUUUUCACCAAAUCCCAUUUGUCAUCCAACGCAACCCUCAAAAGGGCCUGCUAGUUCCAAGUUCCAAACUUCCAGCCCUCCAUAACCAGAAGAAGGCGAGGGAUUGGUCCAUGAAUUGAAUUGAUCCGAUUCAAUCAGCCUCGUCAACAUUCACACAUGACAUGGAUAAAUAAAUACUACUAAUUCAUAAAAGUGCUUUCUGCCCUUCUUCCUCUUCUUCUUCCCCACGAAAAGCAGCCUCUAAACCAGUCAAACGACCAUCACCUAUAUGAUAGAGAUCGAACAAUCUCCUGUACAAAGUUCAAGAAUUCAAAUAAGCCAGAUCAGAAAUAAACGCUAGGUAGAGAAUUAGAGUAAGAGUGAUGGUCCUCCCUUUCUUGAAGCUUGGCACACUUGUAUUGAAGACUCUAAGCAAACCCAUUGCCGGUCGACUCAAGAAAGAGGCUGGCUUGCACCCCAAGUUCCGCCAGUUGAUCGUCAGCAUGGCUCAGGCAAACCAUAGGCUCACAACAACAAUGCAAAGACGCAUCUAUGGCCAUGCUACUGACGUUGAGAUCCGCCCCCUUAAUGAGGAGAAAGCUGUCCAAGCUGCUGUGGACCUUAUCGGGGAACUCUUCGUCUUCUCGGUUGCAGGAGUUGCUCUUAUUUUCGAGGUGCAAAGAAGUUCCAGAUCAGAAGCUAAAAAGGAGGAACUACGAAAGCAAGAAAUGGAGGGUUUGAGGCUAAGAGAUGAACAGCUAGCGGGAGAGGUAGAGUGUCUUAAGCAAAAACUUGAAGAAAUCGAACAACUUGCUAGGGCACGAGGACUCGCUGGUGUUUUCAACUUCAGACAGGCUCCUGCUGAAGAUUCGAAGUCCGGGAAAAAGCUAGCUUGACGUGAUCACAAGAUUUUAACUGCAAAUAAUGCAUUUGCUGUUGUUUGUGGCAAAAGUAAUAAAUUCAUUCCUGUUGAUCUUAUGAGGCUCUCAACAAAAUAGCUCUUUCUUCUGUCUCAUUGUUUGACUCAUUGUUGUCCUUUGCCCAUUUUGGCCUCAACAGGUCCAUUUUUGCAAAUUGAAUGAAGAAUGCAGAAAUUUGGCAUUUAGGAGAGAAAACUACUUUUUGAUUGUUUUUGCUUUCGUAAAAAUGCAUGAAUGAAAAGAUGUGUGUUUCUUCGAUA